GGCGCCGGCACCGGGACCAUGUCGCUGCUUUGCGUCGGAGUUAAAAAGGCCAAGUUCGAUGGGCCCCAAGAGAAGUUUAACACCUAUGUGACACUGAAGGUGCAAAAUGUCAAGAGCACAACCAUCGCAGUGCGGGGCAACCUGCCCUCCUGGGAGCAGGACUUCAUGUUCGAGAUCAACCGGCUCGACCUGGGCCUGACGGUGGAGGUGUGGAACAAGGGGCUCAUCUGGGACACCAUGGUGGGAAUGGUGUGGAUCCCCCUCCGGACCGUCCAGCAGUCCAAUGAGGAGGGCCCUGGGGAAUGGCUCACGCUCGACUCCCAGGUCAUCAUGACCAACAAUGAGAUUUCAGGCACCAAGGACCCCACUUUCCACCGUAUCCUCCUUGACACCCGCUUCGAGCUGCCGCUGGAUAUUCCCGAGGAGGAGGCCAGGUAUUGGGCCAAGAAGCUGGAGCAGCUCAAUGCCAUGCGGGACCAGGACGAUUACACCUUCCAGGAGGAACAAGAAAAGCCUCUGCCCGUUCACAGCUCCCAGUGCUGUAACUGGAAUUAUUUUGGCUGGGGAGAACAGCAGAACGAUGACCCCGACAGCACGGUGGAUGACCGGGACAGUGAUUACCGCAGCGAGACCAGCAACAGCAUCCCACCGCCAUAUUACACCACCUCCCAGCCCAACGCCUCCGUCCACCAGUACCCCAUGAGGCACCAGCAGCAGAGCUCCCAUGACUCCUACACUGACUCCAUGCAGAGUUAUGAGAUGGACUACUCAGACCAGCAUCCCAUCAGCCCCACAGGGAGCAGCCACUAUGCCUCGUCAGCCGAGCUGAGCCAGGGCAGCUCCCAGCUGAGCGAGGACUUCGAGAACGAGAGCCUGCGGGACUCAGAGCUGGAUGAGCGGGACGGCGACUCCUACCACUCCUGCCACAGCUCCGUCAGCUACCGCAAGGACUCGCCCCACUGGGAAGAGGAGGACGAUGACCUCUAUCUGGAGGAGGAGGAAGAGUUCAAUGAGGACUACAGCGAGAAUGAGGAAGGCUACCCCAAGGAGGAGGAGGACCUUCGGCAGCAGGGCACCUACAAAACCCCUGAGCAUGAUGCGUACCCCCCACUGCAGAAACCCCCUGGGCAGCAGCAGCAACAAGUCCCGCAGCAGCAGCAGCAACCGCAGCUGGUCCCACAGCUGAAACCGCAGCAGCAGGAGAGGAAGGAGAAGAAAGAGGAAAGGAAGGAGGAGAAGGACACCUCUGUCCCCCCAGAAACCCCAGAGGCCCUCCAGGCCCAGCGGGGAGUGGACGAAGCUCCCCUGCAAGAGGCGGCCCCCAAGCCUGAGCCCCCAAAACUGGCUGAGAGGGAGCAAAUAGAGGCAGAGGUGCAGGACCCCAAAGCACGAGCCAAAGCCAACUGGUUGAGAGCCUUCAACAAGGUCUGCAUGCAGCUGCAGGAGGCCUGCGGAGAAGGCAAUGGAGAAGCUAAAUCCCUGUGGUUCAAAGGCGGGCCUGGUGGCGGGCUGAUCAUUAUAGACAGCAUGCCGGACAUAUGCAAGCGAAAACCCAUCCCCCUAGUUAGUGAUUUGGCAAUGUCCCUGGUCCAGUCCAGGAAAGCAGGAAUCACAUCCGCGCUGGCCUCGAGCACAUUGAACAAUGAGGAGCUGAAAAACCAUGUUUACAAGAAGACUCUGCAAGCCUUAGUGUACCCCAUCUCCUGCACGACGCCCCACAACUUUGAGGUGUGGACAGCCACCACCCCCACCUACUGCUACGAGUGUGAGGGGCUGCUCUGGGGCAUUGCCCGGCAGGGCAUGCGCUGCGCCGAGUGCGGCGUCAAGUGUCACGAGAAGUGCCAGGACCUGCUCAAUGCCGACUGCCUGCAGAGGGCGGUGGAGAAGAGCUCCAAGCAUGGAGCGGAGGACCGGACCCAGAAUAUUAUCAUGGUGCUCAAGGACCGCAUGAAGAUCCGGGAGCGCAACAAGCCAGAGAUAUUUGAGCUGAUUCAGGAGGUGUUUGGGGUGACCAAGACCACACACACACAGCAGAUGAAGGCCAUGAAGCAGAGCGUCCUGGACGGCACCUCCAAAUGGUCGGCCAAGAUCAGCAUCACGGUCGUUUGUGCCCAGGGCCUGCAAGCAAAGGAUAAGACAGGUUCCAGUGACCCGUAUGUCACUGUCCAGGUUGGAAAGACAAAAAAAAGGACUAAAACUAUCUACGGCAAUCUCAAUCCAGUCUGGGAGGAGAAUUUCCAUUUCGAGUGCCAUAACUCCUCCGACCGCAUCAAGGUCCGCGUCUGGGACGAAGACGAUGACAUUAAGUCCCGUGUCAAGCAGCGCUUCAAGAGGGAGUCUGAUGACUUCCUGGGCCAGACAAUCAUCGAGGUCCGGACCCUGAGUGGGGAGAUGGAUGUCUGGUACAACCUCGACAAGCGGACAGACAAGUCAGCUGUAUCAGGAGCCAUCCGGCUGCACAUCAGCGUGGAGAUCAAAGGCGAGGAGAAGGUGGCUCCCUACCAUGUACAGUACACUUGCCUGCAUGAGAACCUCUUCCACUUUGUGACGGAUUUGCAAAACAAUGGGGUGGUGAAAAUCCCUGAUGCCAAGGGGGAUGACGCCUGGAAGGUGUACUUUGACGAAACGGCGCAGGAGAUCGUGGAUGAGUUUGCCAUGCGCUAUGGGGUGGAGUCCAUCUACCAGGCCAUGACGCAUUUUGCCUGUCUUUCCUCCAAAUACAUGUGCCCGGGUGUGCCAGCAGUGAUGAGUACCCUGCUAGCCAACAUUAAUGCCUACUAUGCCCAUACCACGGCUUCCACCAAUGUCUCAGCCUCUGACCGCUUUGCCGCUUCCAAUUUCGGGAAGGAGCGGUUUGUCAAACUCCUCGACCAGCUGCACAACUCACUGCGGAUCGACCUCUCCAUGUACCGGAACAACUUCCCUGCCAGCAGUCCCGAACGGCUGCAGGAUCUCAAAUCCACGGUGGAUUUGCUGACCAGCAUUACUUUCUUUCGGAUGAAGGUCCAGGAACUGCAGAGCCCACCCCGAGCCAGCCAGGUGGUGAAGGACUGCGUGAAAGCCUGCCUCAACUCCACCUAUGAGUACAUCUUCAACAACUGUCAUGAGCUGUACAGUCGCGAGUACCAGACGGACCCGACUAAGAAAGGCGAGGUGCCCCCUGAGGAACAAGGCCCCAGCAUCAAAAACCUGGACUUCUGGUCCAAGCUCAUCACCCUGAUAGUCUCCAUUAUAGAGGAGGACAAGAACUCCUACACACCCUGCCUGAACCAGUUCCCCCAGGAACUGAACGUGGGGAAGAUCAGUGCCGAGGUGAUGUGGAACCUCUUUGCUCAGGACAUGAAGUAUGCGAUGGAGGAGCAUGACAAGCACCGCCUGUGCAAGAGUGCGGACUACAUGAACCUGCACUUCAAGGUGAAGUGGCUGUACAACGAGUACGUCACCGAGCUGCCUUCCUUCAAGAGCCGUGUGCCUGAGUACCCUGCCUGGUUCGAGCCCUUUGUUAUCCAAUGGCUGGAUGAGAAUGAAGAGGUGUCACGGGAUUUCCUGCAUGGAGCGCUGGAGCGGGACAAGAAGGAUGGGUUCCAGCAGACGUCGGAGCACGCACUCUUCUCUUGCUCUGUGGUGGAUGUCUUCUCCCAGCUCAACCAGAGCUUCGAGAUCAUCAAGAAGCUUGAGUGUCCUGACCCCCAGAUUGUUGGGCACUACAUGCGGAGGUUUGCCAAGACCAUCAGCAAUGUGCUACUCCAGUAUGCUGAGAUAAUCUCCAAUGAUUUUGCCUCAUACUGCUCCAAGGAGAAGGAGAAAGUGCCCUGCAUCCUGAUGAACAACAUCCAGCAGCUCCGUGUCCAGCUUGAGAAGAUGUUUGAAGCCAUGGGUGGGAAGGAGCUGGACACAGAAGCCAGUGAUAUCCUCAAGGAACUGCAGGUGAAACUCAACAAUGUCCUGGAUGAGCUGAGCCGAGUCUUUGCCACCAGUUUCCAGCCGCACAUCGAGGAGUGUGUGAAGCAGAUGGGCGACAUCCUGGGCCAGGUGAAGGGCACUGGCAAUGUCCCCGCCAGCACCUGCAGCAGCGUUGCGCAGGAUGCUGACAACGUCCUGCAGCCCAUCAUGGACCUCCUAGACAGCAACCUGAUGCUCUUUGCCAAGAUCUGCGAGAAGACAGUGCUGAAGCGGGUGCUGAAGGAGCUCUGGAAGCUGGUGAUGAACAUGAUGGAGAAGACUAUUGUCCUGCCCCCGCUUACUGACCAGACGAUGAUUGGCACACUCUUGAGAAAGCAUGGCAAGGGGACAGAGAAGAGCAGGGUGAAGCUGCCCAGUCACACUGAAGGCACGCAGAUGAUUUUCAGUGCAGCCAAGGAGCUGGGACAGCUCUCCAAGCUGAAGGACCACAUGGUUCGGGAGGAAGCCAAGAGCCUGACUCCAAAGCAAUGUGCCGUGGUGGAGCUGGCACUGGACACCAUCAAGCAAUACUUCCAUGCUGGUGGCGUGGGGCUGAAGAAGACAUUCCUGGAGAAGAGCCCUGACCUGCAGUCGCUGCGCUAUGCCCUGUCCCUCUACACCCAGGCCACUGACCUCCUCAUCAAAACCUUUGUGCAGACCCAGGCUUCGCAGGGCUCUGGUGUGGAUGACCCUACUGGGGAGGUGUCCAUUCACGUGGAGCUCUUCACCCACCCUGGCACCGGUGAACACAAAGUCACUGUCAAAGUGGUGGCUGCGAACGACCUCAAAUGGCAGACGUCGGGCAUCUUUCGGCCCUUCAUUGAGGUCAACAUCAUUGGGCCCCACCUCAGUGGCAAGAAGAGGAAAUUUGCCACCAAAUCCAAGAACAACAGCUGGGCCCCCAAGUACAAUGAGAGCUUCCAGUUCACGCUGGGGACAGAGACAGGCCCUGAGUGCUAUGAGCUGCAGGUGUGUGUGAAGGAUUACUGCUUCGCCCGGGAGGACCGGACAGUGGGCAUCGCUGUCCUGCAACUCCGUGAUAUCCUGCAGCGACCUGGCUGCGCCUGCUGGCUGCCCUUGGGCCGCCGCAUCCACAUGGAUGACACUGGCCUCACCGUCCUCCGCAUCCUCUCCCAACGCAACAAUGACGAGGUGGCCAAGGAGUUCGUCAAGCUCAAGUCGGACACACGCUCGGCUGAGGAGGGCAGCAGUUAAACCCCUUCUGCCCCCCCCAGCCCUCUCCCCAACUCCUGGCCCCUUUUCUACAGCAUCCUCCAGCCAUGUAUAAGCCAUAAGAGCAGCCACAGGAGGAGUCUCCUUCCUGACUCCAGUGUGGGUGAGGGGGAUGUGGCUGCAGUGACAGACCCUCCCUGUCCCUCCCUUGACCAGACUGACUGGGUGACAGUGGUGUAGAGCAUGGCCAUACCCCCAUCCCACCCCGAUGGGAAAGGUGCUGCAGGGAAGGGCUGGAGCCCAGACUGGGUGAUGGGACAGAUCUGCCCCUUCCCAGACUGUCUGAGAUGGAGGAACCCAAAUGGCCCAUCCCUGACCUCAUCCAGUGAGACAAGGAAAGGGCUGGAGGGGGUGGGGGAUAGUGUCUCAUUCCACCCAGUGCUGUUGGUGAGUGGCUGGCACAGCACAAUGGCCCCUUGUCCACAUCCAUUGAGCAUCACUGGGCACCCUGAAGGACAGGGAGGCUCCUACCCGCUGAGCACCCUGUAUGUAUGUAAAUAGCUGUACAUAUACAGGGCAGCUGGAUGAUACUUCUGUGUCCUGCACCCAGAAGGGCUAUAGGGGCUGUUUGGUUGGUGGGUGCAGCCCAUGCAUGCCCCGCACAGGGUCCACUCCCUGGCUGGCAGUGGCAUCACUGGGGCUGGGAGCAGCAGGGAGCAACCCUCAAUCCCUAUCUUGUCUUCCCUGCCUUGCUGCCACUGUGGGCUACCCCACUGCUGCCCCCCAGGGUUCCAGGUCUUGGAGGUGAGGGCUGGGGGCACUGGAGCAGAGGGACCCAUCUCCCUUUGCUCUGGCCAGUGGGGACCAGCCAUCCCUGUGCAGUGCAGCAGCGCCCAUGGGACCUCCUUGGCACAAGCAAGACACUUCCCACCCCCAACCCAGAGGACCCCCCCAAUUUCCCAUUAACCACCAUUUCUGCGUGAUCAGUGGGGCAUCUCCUGUGAAUGCCCAGGAGGCCAGGGUGUAUGGUAUCGGGGAUGGCCACCCCAGGUGGCCAGUUUGCCCUAAGUACUGGGGAAGACAGAGGCCUGAUGACCCCACAAGUCAAUAUACUUCUCUCAGCCCCCUCCCCAGCUCAAAACAGGGUACUCCGACUGGCCCCCUGUGGUCCUUUUUCUAUAAGGUUUGCCUGGGACCAAAGGGUCUAGCUUUCCUCUCUCAUUUCUGUUCAAUGUUUACACCCCUUUUCUAACUGCUGCUCCUGCAUGGCCAGGCUGGGGCUCAGCCCUGCACCCCCUGACUGUGGUGCCCCUGGCCCUGUGCCACCUCCCCAAACCCUCCUGUUUGGCAUGUUAUUGAACCAACCAAUUCUGCUCCUGUAGCACGCCUCACUGAUGCCUGUGUGUCUGUACCACCCCGUGUGGCACUGCUGGCAGCGGCUACCAUGGAUGCAUGACAGUGAGAUGUUUUGAACCUUUUUGAAUUUUUUUUGGCUCUGUAAAAAUAUUUUAUUAUAACUGAAAUUAAAAAGCACACCCUUCACUGUGCCUGCUGUGGGGGUGUGGGAGGGCAGGCACCCAGGGACUCGUCAACCCCACUCCCACCCUAAUGCAGCACUUGCAACUUUAAGGUUAACACCAAGGAUAAAUAGCCCAGAGACACUGUACCAACUCUGUCUGCACUCAGCAUCUGGAAAGGGCUGCUCUUCAGUGCACUCACCCUUUGCAAAGUCCAGAGCUUAAAUGGAACUGGGGUUCCAUUUAACUGGGGUUAAAUGGAACUGGGACAGACCUGUCCCAAGAAUUGACGCUCUAGUCUCAAUCACCAUGCUGCAAACUCCCAGGCAUGGGAGUGACUAGAAACCACCAACAUGGCCCCAUCAAGGGCAAACCCAUGCCUCACUAAACUAGCGGCCUUCCACAAUGGAGUGACUGCAUCAGUGGACAAGGGAAGAGCUUCAGAUAUCAUUUACCUGGACUUCUGUAAGGCUUUUGACACAGUCCCCAAAACAUUCUUGCCACAAAAUUGGAGUGAUAAGGAUUUGAUAAAUCUGGGGCCCUGGUCCCCAACAGAGAGACCUGGGGCUUUUGCUGGCUUUUUCCUGGGGCCUGGGCAGGGGCCUGCUUCUCUCCAGG